GUUCUCUGUUUUAUAUUUUUGAAAUUCAUGUCACGAAUCAUGUCAUAAUGGCUCUGCCCAAACAGUUAUCCGCAAUAUUUCAGUGUAUUGAUGAGAAUCAAGAAAAAUUUUUGGAACGUCUUCAAGAAGCAUUAAGCAUAACAUCAAUCACAAAUGAAGGCGAGGCCGUGGACGCUACUCGAAUUAUUGAAUGGACGGACAAGCUUUUAAGAUCUCAAGGUUUCCGCACCAACUUGAAAAACGUGGAAAACGAGAGUUGCAAUGAUGCAACUAGAGCGAUUUUCGCAACUUUAGAGACAGGAAAUUGUCCAAAUAAAACAACGGUUCUCAUAUAUUCGCAUUUGUACGCCACAAGUACCAAAAAAGAGGAUUCAAAAUACUAUCAAGCAGAUGAAAAUAUUUAUGGAAAGGACGUUUUGAACUUGAGUGCUAUGAUUGCAUGGUUGAACACUCUGGAAGCUAUCAAAAACGUAGGAAUUGAUUAUCCGGUUGAUAUUAAAUUCAUAAUAGCCCCAACAGAUACUGAAUUGAGUGUAGGAAUGAAAGAUCUUCUGAAUUCUGAGAAAGACAGUUUUUUAGAUAGAGUCGACUAUGUUUGUAUGAACGAAGGGUCUUGGCUGCAAUCUGACACUCCAAUGUUCGUAAAGAAGCUGAGGGGACUUUGUUACUUUUCAAUAGAAGUGCAAUGUUCAAAGAAAAAUUUGGAGAGUGAUUUGUGUAGCGGCAUAAUUCGUGACGCCAUGAGCGACUUACUUUUUUUGCUUGGCAGUUUGUUGGAUGAAAAUGGAAAUUUGAAUGUUUCAAAGCUCGGAUUGCAAGUACAUGAAUUAUCCGAAGAAGAAAUCAACACUUACGGAAAUACAGAUGCGGAUCUGAGCAGUUUUAUAGAAACUGUAGGAGCUUAUUCUCUGCUGUUUGAUGGUGACAAAUCGGAAAUUGUGAAAAAUCGACUUAUAUUUCCAACUUUGACAAUUCAUGUUAUAGAAAACUCCUCAAAGGAUGAUGAUGAGUGGGGUAUACCAGCCUGUGCUUACGCAAAGCUUUCAAUUCGUAGUUUCCACAAUAGUAUCGCUGAAAUAUACGAAAACAUCAACAUAUACUUGAAAGAAUGCUGGUCGUUACGUAAAAGUUCCAAUCAAAUGAAAAUUUCCCUUGAAAAGACCUGUGAAACUUGGAUUGCUGAUUUUGAUAGCGUUCAAUAUAAAGUUGUGACGAAAGCAGCACAAUACGUUUAUCAAAAACCCUUAGAUUCCCUGAAUAAUCAGUACACCAUCCCUGUGCUGAACAUUUUGCAAGAAACUGUUGGAAAAAAUAUUCUGCUUCUACCUAUAGUAUCUGAGAAUAGUUACUUGAACGAGAUGGUUCCCAUCAAGAACUAUUUGGAUGCGACCAAAAUGUUUGCUGGUUACAUGUACGAAUUGGGAGAAAUCCCAAAACUCUCAUCAAAAUCUUCAACCUCCUUUGUUUCAUGUGCAUCAGUACCAGAGAUAUGUGUGUGCGGGAGGUUCGACGAAGAAAUUCAAGCAGCCUCUGGUGAUUCCGAUUCCCAAAAACCCAAAACUAUUUCAGAAGAUGAAAAAUGCGUGUGUCCAUACAGGGCCCAGGUACAGACUAAAGACGUAGCGGUGAUCUCUGAUGAUUUAGUAGAACCGAAUCCACCACCAAUACCGCCGAAGCCCUGUAAAUGUGUUUUAGAAUAUCAACCCGUCGAUGUGGAGAUUAUUUCUUUGGUCUCCACCAGUCGAGAACCACCUCCUAUACCGAAACCUAAAGACGUGCAAAAAAAAAUUGUUACUCCAUCUGUCGAUACGAUAAAUUGCUCAUGUACACCUAAACGUUUCAAAGUUUCCAGUCAGAAAGAAGAAGAUCAGAUUUCCCCAGAGAAACAGGAAGAACUUAUGAAAAGCAUGAGAUCGGUAGGAUCCAAAAUAAGCGGAAUAUCGGCUUGUGAUAAUUUAAAUGAUAAAUUGUUAACGCCGAAUAUGAAAAUAUUGGGAUGCAUGUGUCCGGAAAAAUCUCAAACAACUGUGUGCGAAAUAGAAAUGCAGAAAGAUAGAAUGUUCUGCCCUGUACUUAAAGGAAAAGUUGACAUUUGCAACAAAGGUGGCAAACGUAGACAUCAUAUCGCUGGACCACCCCUCAUAGACGAAGAAGAAAGCGAGUUUUCGUUAGGGCCUUUAUCACAUUGUUCUUGUUCGGAGGAGUCUGUAACUGUAGUGCCCAAUUGCGAUUGCUCGAAAGAAUCUGCCAAGCAAAGCAAAAAUAUAGAAGACGAGAUUGAUUGAUACUGCCAUCACUUAGAGCCUAAAUAAAAUUCUGAGAACAUCA